UACUGAUAGUUCCUCUUCUCUCUGACAGGGGAACUGUACUCUGGCAAGAUGCUCUCUCUCUGGUGUGGCUGGGAGCCAGGGACUGGCUUACACCAACAGCAGGAAGCUUGUAGUAAAUAGCUCCAGUGUCUUCACUGUCCGUUACUUCAGAACCACCGCAGUACAUAGGGAUGACGUGGUUACGGUGAACACACCAGCCUUUGCAGAGUCAGUCACGGAAGGAGAUGUCAGGUGGGAGAAAGCUGUUGGAGACACAGUGGCGGAAGAUGAAGUGGUGUGUGAGAUUGAAACAGAUAAGACAUCAGUGCAAGUUCCAGCCCCAGCAGCUGGUGUGAUUGAAGCCCUUCUGGUACCUGAUGGUGGCAAAGUGGAAGGGGGGACACCUCUGUUCAAACUCAGGAAAACUGGAGCUGCUCCUGCCAAGGCCAAACCAGCUGCAGCCCCUCCUCCUCCGCAGCCAGCGGCGGCUGCUCCUCCCCCUCCUGCAGCACCAAUUCCCACUACCAUGCCACCAGUGCCACCUGUGUCAACUCAGCCCAUUGACAGCAAACCAGUGUCUGCGGUGAAGCCAGCUGCAGCCCCAGCGGCAGCCCCUCCUGGGGAGGCAGUGCCCAGCAAAGGUGCCAGAUCAGAGCAUAGGGUGAAAAUGAAUAGGAUGCGUCAGCGUAUUGCUCAGCGGCUGAAAGAGGCUCAGAAUACUUGUGCCAUGCUGACCACUUUCAAUGAGAUCGAUAUGAGCAACAUCCGGGAGAUGAGAGCCGUACACAAGGAUCCCUUCCUGAAAAAGCACAACCUGAAGCUAGGUUUCAUGUCAGCUUUUGUGAAGGCUGCAGCUUUUGCUUUGCAGGACCAGCCUGUUGUGAAUGCAGUGAUUGAUGAUACGACCAAAGAGAUUGUGUACAGGGACUAUGUGGACAUCAGUGUUGCUGUAGCAACUCCCCGGGGUCUUGUGGUCCCUGUCGUUAGGAAUGUAGAAAACAUGAACUUUGCUGACAUAGAGCGUGCUAUCUACGAGCUAGGGGAGAAGGCACGGAAGAACGAAUUGGCCAUAGAAGACAUGGAUGGCGGCACUUUCACAGUCAGCAACGGAGGGGUUUUUGGGUCACUCUUUGGGACACCUAUCAUUAACCCACCCCAAUCUGCCAUCUUAGGCAUGCAUGCCAUCUUCGACAGGCCUGUGGCUGUGGGAGGCAAG